UUUGUGCGGGGCAUAUGUACGCGCGGAUCAGCAGGUGCUGUCUUUAACAAAAACUGGAUGGAAGUCACGGCGACAGGCACGAUCUGAGGGAGGAAAUUCAUACGGAACGGACUCUUAUUUCCAGGAUGCGCUGACAUUUAUGACACGAUCACGGCGGUAUCAGUUGCAGAUAAACUUCACCCGGCGUCUCCAACCCUGCAGCAGCAGCAGCCAUGGCUCUCUAUGUUUCUGGAGGGACCAUAUUCACCAUCCUCCUCAUUAGCAGGGUGUUAGAGAGCUCUAUGCUCAACGCAGAAGUGAAGGAAGGAGAGAUUCUGCCUCCUACCAUCCAGAGGCUGAUGAAAGGAUACAACAAGUACCUCAGGCCUUUCUUUGACAAUGGUCCUGUAACAGUGGGGAUGAGUCUGGACAUCGCCAGCAUUGACACCAUCUCCGAGAUCAACAUGGACUACACCGCCACCAUAUUCCUCCGCCAGCGCUGGACUGACGAGCGUUUGGUGUUUGAGGGCAACAAGAGCCUGAGCCUGGACGGGCGCCUGGUGGAGCUCCUCUGGGUGCCCGACACCUUUAUAGUCGACUCCAAGAAGUCCUUCCUCCAUGACAUCACGGUGGAGAACAGGCUGAUACGCAUCUUCCCCAACGGGACCGUCCUUUACGCACUGAGGAUUACCACCACCGUGGCUUGCAACAUGGAUCUGACCAAGUAUCCCAUGGACAAGCAGACCUGCACGCUACAACUGGAGAGCUGGGGUUACAACAUCAAUGAUGUCAUGUUCUACUGGACCAGGGGAAAUGAGUCUGUCAGUGGUUUAGACAGCCUGCAGCUGGCUCAGUACACAGUAGAGGACCACUACACGUCUGUCUCAGAGGCAGUUUAUGAAACUGGUAAUUAUCCGAAACUGGUCUUCCACUUUGAGCUGAAGAGGAGCAUUCUGUACUUCAUCUUAGAGACUUAUGUCCCCUCCAGCCUGCUCGUUGUCCUCUCAUGGGUUUCCUUCUGGAUCUCCCUGUCCUCUGUUCCAGCACGUAUUUGUAUAGGCGUGACCACAGUUCUGACCAUGACCACUUUGAUGAUGGGAGCCCGGACCUCUCUGCCCAAUGCCAACUGCUUUAUUAAGGCAAUUGAUGUUUACUUGGGAAUCUGCUUCAGCUUUAUCUUUGGAGCGCUCAUUGAGUACGCUGUGGCCCACUUCUGCACCCUCAGCCACAUGGAUGAACACUUGCUCAUGUACAACCACCACAUUCACAACUUUGACGACGAGAUGAACGGCAUCAUCACCACUAUCACCAAUCACAAAAGGGCCAAAAGACGCAAGGAGGCUGCAGCAGCAGCCGCUUCUGCAGCCCCGGCCUCCUUAGAACUCACUGUCAGCCCGUCCAGCCCCUCGGGCAGCGAGCCUAAGCCCGAGGCGUCGCCCCCGGAGCCCACCAACUGGUGCCUCACCGCUCUGGCCACCGUCCGCAAAGUGCUGCGCUCCAUAAAUUGCUGUCACGUGGAGAACCCCCACCACAUAGACAACUACUCCAGAGUCACCUUCCCCCUCUCUUUCGUCAUGGUCAACCUGCUCUACUGGACGUAUUAUCUGUACUUUUAGCAUUUGCACAAGUGCAGCAUGUGUCCCAGAAAGUGUGAGACAGAGAGUGUAUGUAGACAAGAAGUGCAUUUUACUGUAUGUAUGUACAGUAAGUGUUAUUUAGGUGUGUUUUGAGAUGAGUGAGUAGAACUUCUGCAAUUGGAUUCAUGAGCGAAAUAGCAUACUCACAUAGGGUUGUUUUCAGGGAAAAAGUAGUGCUACCCAUUAUAGCUCCAUUUUUAAAAUAUUAUUUGCACUCAAAUUGAGUCAUCGCUUUAAAUUUAAUGCAGUUAAUUAAUAAAGGCUCAUCUGACACUGACUGGGUGAGAUUUGAUCAAUGCUGAUACAUGUCAAGAUGUAGAAAGAAAAUUGUGUACAAAGACAAAAAUUGCAUCUUUUUUCGCUGUAGUAUAUUUAUUUUAAAGUGUACCACUGUGCAGGUUGUUACUGUCGGACACGCAGAAGAUGGAGCUGUAAUUUAAGGCUUUAUGACGGAUUAUGCUAGCAUUGCUGAGGGAGAGCAAAUGCCUGUUCCACUUUGUUUCUCUGUUGUGAUGAAAUGAUUAUUGAUACUUUACAACUUCAUCUUCCAUUUCUGCCUGCAGGUGCAACAUUUAGAGGGGAAAUAGCAAAAAUAAUGGAUGGGAGAAGAGGGAUGACAGAGAUAUGAGGGUGCUGGACAGAUAACUCAACACUGAGUGUGUUAAAAAACUAUAAACCGGUCUCCCAAGGAUGGUCGUUUCUUGUCACGGUUGAAAUCUCUCUUUCUUCUGUGUCCUUAUACAAGUUAUUUUAAAAUUCACUCGGCAGUGCUAUGUCUCUUUUUCAUUGACACUAUAAAUGUAGUGGCCUUUGAUCCCUUCAGUUGAAUUGUGGAUUCAAGUGGACACCAUGAACAGUAUUAUGGCACUUGCCAUUACAAAUCUUUUCUGCAGUUUUAGAGAAGGAAAUGAAACUACAAUAUGAUGAAUUAUAAAUCACAUGGCAUAAAUUUGACACCAUGAAAUCAAUCAUCAUAUAAAGGGUGAAAUAUAUAACAGAUUUUGAAAAAAAUGCAUCAAAUUAUUAAAAUUCAUUUUUGUUUAUUUAAUUUCAUAAUGUAUUUGUAAAAAUGUCUUUGAGAAUGCUGUGU